AUGGCUGACAUGUCGGAGGCUCUGGCAGAGUUGGAGAGGAAGGAGGCUGAAGCAGGUGACACUCCCAUGGAGUCGGUGGGAGACCAGGAGAAGCAGGACACCAGCAUCGAGGCAUUCCCAACGCCCGACGCUGAGAAGAGAUCCACCUCCUCAGGUGAAGAUGACGAAGAUCUGGAUGCCGAGGAAUCUGCAGACGGUGUGCAGGUCGAAGAUAUGGACAAGUUUCCCAAGUCCUGA